AUGUCGGCUCCGGCUGGUGUCAAAUACUAUCAACCUGGGGUGAUCGUUCCAGUCGAAGAACUCUCAGAAGACAACCAAUGGACUAAGGACCCUCGAAUCUUUAGGGACGGUAUGAUAUUCAUUCGUUCUCUCCUGAACCAAAAAGUGGUAUGUGUUCAAUCUAGGGGCACAGGGGAAAUGCUCGUCAAUAAGACUUAUAAUGCUGGUCCAUGGCCUGGGAGAAUACCUUUAGAACUUCGGAUUUCAACUGCACCAGAUUUAUCACACCGCCGCUUACCGGAACCUAUCGUGGUUGACGGAGUCGAGAGAAUAACGUUCAUCGAAUUGGUCGCUUGGCAGCGGAUACAAGACCGUCAAAACGCAGUUUAUUCUCUAUAUUUUAGGUUCUACAAUGGCGGAACUCUGGAAAACCUGAUCAACAGGUAUUUUGAACGCCGAAUACCAAUACCAGAGCAUUUUGUUUGGCACGUAGCUGAGAGGCUCGCCCUAGCCAUCCGAUUCUUCCACUUCGGUGCGCCGCCAGGUAGUAAUCGCGAACAAGAAAAUUGGGAAUUUAUUGCUCACCGCGACAUGGUUAUCAACAACAUUUUCCUUCACUAUCAUCCACGCCGUUCAGGCCGGCAACCACGUGCCGGUCAAGAAACUAACGCUUUUCCCGAAAUUGCUGUAGGUGAUUUUGGCGAGAGUAAUUUGGCGAAUGACGACGAAAAUUGGAUAUCGAAUGGCAUCUUCUCUGACGGAAUAGUUCACGAUUGGGAAGACAUGGCACCCCUCGAACCCCUCUCCCCCUCCACGGCUAAAGUCGCUAACUUAUACUUCAUGGGAGAGAGCCUUCGAAAAAUGGUUCAAACACAUAUACCUUACGACGAGCAUGAGAGCGACCUUGACAGGCCGAAUAGACGCCCCAUGCGUACGGUGAAUAAUUUCAUACCUGCUCCCUACGCCCCUUACUCGGACGAGCUUAUCGAGCUGCUUGCAAAUUUUGAAUUCCCUGGUUCCGACAACGGCUCUUUGAUAGACGAAACGGUGCAAGACGAUGAUGGCAAUGAUAGGCCACUUUCUGAUUUUCUCCCUACUCCUGAAUGGGUUGUAGACACAAUGUUGCCACUAGCUCGGAGGAAGGUCAGGCGAUAUCGAGGUAUCGGCAACAAGCCCGCAGGAUAUUACACUGCUCUGGACGUAUCGUGGACGAGACCCAAGAAGUUUAUGCCUUAUGAGUAUAUAAUUCCACCGUUUGUACAGGUCGAGGAUGAUGCAGACGAGGUGCCUAAUAGCAAUUUACACUCGUACCAACGAUGGAACCACAUAGAUCCCGAGUUUACAACAUUUUGGUUUAGGGACCCGGCUAUGUACGAGCUUCCCACCGAACCACCGAACGGUCCAUACCCACCUCCGCCGCCGGGCGGAGACUCGGACGUAGAGUCAACUCCAGAUGAUGAUUCUAAUGACGAUAACAAUGACGAUGACGACGAUGAUGGAAGCACGGAACCUGACGAAGAUACGUCUGGUAAUUAUUUGCCCGGACGAAGAUUCGACUGGUAA